CGCCGCUAGUUGCCAUGGUGGCAUGGUAGUCGAAUCAGCUGUGUUCAAAAUACAAACAAACCUAAGCCUUCCAAAAAUCUUAUUUAGGCUUGGUGCGAUCUUACAUGUUUAUGCUAAUGACGUCAGAAUUAUAUAUGCAAAUGACUAUUUAAAAGCUAUUGUUUGUUACUUAUACUUUAGCAGCAUAAAGCAGGCGAUGCCAAAUCGUGAUAACAGUGCUGAUAAGCGUUUUAAAGAAAAGCAGAGCAGUCAUAAGGUUUCAACCAUUGAAAAUGAACUGGAACCAGUGCACAAGCCAUUACAUCGUUACAGACGGUUUCAUAGAACGAGACGUCAUUCAAGAGUUAAUGGUGAUUUUGAAGAAGUGACAGAUAAAAAUAGAAAUCAUGACAGUGUUGCAUUACCUAAGAAAAAUGGCAAACAUUGUAUUAAAAAGAAAAUUGAUAGAUUAGUUGAAGAAAAUCGGAUAUUGACAAUGAAACUUGAAAGUUCUGCGAUAAACCCUGAGACUAUUGCAGAAUUAAGAGAAAAGGAUUCCUUAAUGUCAAGAGUCUGCAAUAAAUAUCAUAAGUUGUUAAAAGAUUAUGAAAGCCUUCAACAAGAAUACGAGAAACUAAAUGCUGUUAUGGUAAAACGUGAAACAGAGUACGAUCAGUUACAUACAUAUCACAAAGAAUCUAUCAAAGCUUUGCAAAAAGUAGAGAAAACCAAUUCCAAUCUUCUAACAUUUAAUCAAAGAUGCAAGUCUGAAAAUGUUCAACUAAAUGAAGAUGUAUUGCUUUUGAAAAAUGUGAUAUAUUGUUUAAAUGCAGAGCUAGAAAAAUAUCAAGAUAAAAUGAGAGAAUUGGGACAAAGUGUGCUAUCUAAAAAUAUUAAUAACAUAUUAGAUUCUAAGAGGCCAGUAAACGAUAUUAAAGAAGUAUUAGAGUCAUGGGGUUCUGUGAAUACUCAUGUAUUAGGCCCACUUUUAGAUGCUUAUCAGGAAAAUUUAUCAGAGAAACAAGAACUUUUAAAUAAAUACGAAGAGGAGAUUGCAAAUUUCAGUAUUAGAUGCAAAGAAGUUAUUGCAGAGAAUGAGUGCAUGCAGAAUGAAGUGGAAAAAUUAAGAUUAAAGUGUGCCAGAUAUACGGAUGAAAUCAAGAUGAUAUCCGAGGAUACUGACUUACUGAAGGAAUUGAACGAGUGUUAUAUAAAACAGAUUGCUCAUCAGAAGCAAAAGAUACACGAGAUCCAUACAUUGUAUGAACAGAAAGUAGAGGCAAUGUCAUUUGAUAAUAAUAAACUUCAUGAGGAAUAUCUUGCGUCAAAAACAGAAUUGAGUAAUCUUCAAGGGAAAUAUGAUAUUCUUCGUAAAGAAUAUGAAAAGUUACAAAGCGACAAUAUAAAAAUGAUGCCCAUCGAUGUUCAUAAUGCUGCUGUUGAAGAAUGUAGACAGCUAUUUGAGAAACUAAAACAUCAAUAUGAAACUGAGAAAGAGAAAGGAUCCACUCGCAUUAAAGAAUUGGAAGAAUUAUACUGCCAAAAUAAAACGCAAUUAGAGAUAGUUACGGUAGAAAGAAAUCAAUUGAAAGUGUCGAAUAAAAAUUUCGAAAAAAGUUUAAAACGUAUACAGCGAAAACUGGAGCAUUUUCAAAAACUGGCACAUUCUAUGCAAGUAUCUCGAGAUUCUUUCAAAAAGCAAUUGAGAAAGACUACAAUAUACUGCGAGGAGUUGUUCAGUGAAUAUGAAAGAGUAGUCGCCGAACGGGAUAAGUUGGUUAAACUUUUACAUGAAACGGAAAAUGAAAAUGCAAGUAUUCAUUUUCUCGGUGACACUAUUACACAACGAGUAGGUCAUUUGAAAGAACAGUUAAAGAUCGUACACGAAGGUGCCAAACAACAAUUAGCAUUGGCAGAGAAAAAUAUGAAGGUGCAGCAAAUCGGAGUGCACCGGAUGAAAGACGAAUAUCAUCAAGAAUUGCAACGUCUCAAGCAUCUGCUAAGGCAAAAGGAGGAAACAAUCGGACAAUUGCAAAAAGAGAUUAGUGCUACUCGCGAAAAUUUGGAACUUGUUUGGAAGACCGCUGCUGUGGACAAUAAAAAAGAGAAGGGAGCAUUAAAACACGUGAGGAUUCAGCACGUUUAAUAAAACUUGUAAAUUGACUAUGAUAAAAGUGUAAAAUGAAUAUUGAAUUUUAUUUAAUACAAAAAUGAUAUUAUAGAAAUGUCACUGCCAAUGUAAAUUUUACAUAGCGCAACAUUGAUUACCAUAAAAACGGUAUGUUGCCUGCGAAUGAAAACUAGUUAUUGUAUAAUAUAUGUUUAGCAUAAUUUUAUCAUACUGAAUACAGUUUUUGUAAUAUUUAGUAUGCACAUACAUGAUUAUAUAUAUGGCUUACACAACUAUACAUUGUUUUUACAUCUUCUGAAUCUACGUAUAGCAUUAAGAUAUCAGAGUUAUCGAUUGAUUUGGCGUUACAUCACGAAUCAAAAACGGCACCGACCGUUCAUCGAGAUAAUGCAUUCAACGCGAUAAUGACAUUCUUCGUGUCAAAUAUACUCAAAGGCGCGUUUGUUCAUUCAAUACUUGUAGAUAGAGGAAACAACAGAUUUAUCGAUAGUAUCACCGCCUUUAUUUAGUGGUGACAUCAACCGCGGCAAAAGGUUUUGAAGGUUGCCAUUUGCGACGACAGAGUUAACGACGUGAACGAAAAAUUUAUGUACCCACUUAUAUAGGAAUGAUCUCACAUUCCAUUAAUAUUAACACGCAAGCCGCGUAAUCGUUCUAUCGCAUCUUGCAUUUAAUAAGCGGUUUUUGCUAAUUAUCAGAUUUUUUUCCCCUGGAGUGUCUUAUGCAAACAAUUUAUGAAGGUUUGAUACAAUGUUC